CAUUCAUGUCACUUUAUUUACCAUUUUGCUGUGAAUGUGAUCGUUCCACAAAUUUUCCCUCAAUUCCUACUUAGUUAUUAAUUUCUUUAGGUCUUGCGAUUUAGCUGCCUUUGUUUUAUUUUUCAGUGUAAGUUUGUAGUAAAAUUACACGGACUAUACAUUAGAAGUUGUAGUCAUUCCUUCACUAAACACGCGGUUCACGCAUCGUUCGCUACAAUGGAAAACCUUGAUGAAAGCAAUAAUAAAAACGUGUCGCUUAGUUUAAUUGCCGAAUAUGGUGCAUCGGAUUCUGAUUCUGACGAUACUGAGACGCGAUCUAACACGGGAAAUGAGGAUUCCGACGCAGCGGAAAUUAGUGAAAUGGUGUUGAAGAAUAACAUUAUAAAUGCGUGCGCUCACGGGCCAUUAGCGAGGAACAGUGUGCGUGAUGAUGAUGAUCAUAGUACUAGGCACAUGAUUAUAGACUCAAUGGAGAGUGGUGUAGUGGAAUACGAGGUUACUGAGUACAGAGAUGACUCUGACUCUGAUAGUAGCUCGUCAGAUUGCAGUGACAGUGAUGUGGAUUCUGUCAAGGAUAUUGAAGAAAUCUCGAGCGGUGAUGAAGACAUAGCUGGCCGACCAGAGAAAGUGGAAAUACCCAAAGUGAAAGGAGAACUUGAUCUGGAUGACUUGCCACCCAUUGAGGACCUCGCCAUCAGCUUGCCAGCACAAGAGACCACCAAGAUAGGCACUAUAGCCAGCAUUGUGGAUCGAUUAGUGAUAGUUCGUGCAUUCCCUGAAACGCCGGCAGUGGACCUCGACAGCGUGCUGUUUCUGGAGAACGGAGCCAAGACCCUCGGGAAGGUCUUCGACGUCUUCGGACCAGUGACCGAGCCACACUACUGCGUCCGCUUCAACUCGGCGGAACAUGUCUCGACGCGCGGCGUGCGGCCCGGCGCGGACGUGUUCAUCGCGCCCGAGUCCUCACACACUAGUUAUGUGUUCCUCAGUCAGCUUAUGAAAGUCAAAGGAUCGGACGCGUCAUGGCUUAACGACGUAGAACCUCCGCCCAGUCAGGUCGAAUACUCCGACGACGAGGAGGAGCGGAGAGCGAACAGAGAGAGAAAAGAGCAGAGGCAGAGACAGCGGGAGGAGGAGAACGGGGAGACGUCCAAAAACAGGAGAAAUUCCGACACAAGGCGAAACCAGAGGCCUUCAGAGUCCAGCAGUAGAUUCGGCAGCGGACCGAGCAGAGGGCGGAACCCCUUCUCGGCCGGAUCGAGGAGAAACAACCCGAAUUCCUUCCCGCGGUUCGGGCGGCCGUGGAGCGUGGACGCGAGGCCGCCCCCGCCGCACCCCGCGGCCCCCGCGGGCCCCUACAGCGCGCCGCCCUACAACGGCCCGCCCACGUUCCCCCCGCCGUUCCACCCCGCGACCCCUCCCUUCAUGGGCAACCCAUUCCAGUUCGGCGGCAACCCCAGAAUGCCCGCCAACUACAUGGGAAUGCCGCCCCCCUUCAGGCACCCCGUGCCGGUGUUCGGAGCCAACUUCUGCGGCCCCCCGCAGCCUCAGUGGGUCAACAACGGGCCCCCUCCCCCGCCCGGGACAUAAAACGCACAUAUUUCUAAGGUUUAUCUCAUAAUGAACUAGUUAUAAUUAGCCUCGUAAAUGUUUAACAAUACUAAAGUGUGGUCACCCAAAAAUAAAUCUAUAUUUAUACAUACGAAAUAAAUGAUGAUUGCAA